UUCCCCCAUUUUACGGCGCUUUUUCAUUUUUUUUUAUUUUCCAUUUCACAUCAUAUAUAAGCUUUUCCUCCGCUUCGUUUUCGCAAAAUUUCCGGAAAAACCAGAAGCUACAGCUCUCUCUUUCUCUCUGGAGGCGGAGAGGAAAAGGGAAAGAAAGAUUGUUUUCUGUUUGGUUCCAUUCCAUUCCACCUGUGCUGUUGUUUGUUGUUUCCUUCUUUAUCGUCUUCCUCCACCUCAAUUCUCUCUCUGCUUAUCUGGAAGCAAGUCUUGGAGCUGUUAUUAUUACAACUAAGGCACUGCUUCAUCGUCCUCGCCACCUUCCCCUCCGAUCCGAGUCGCUGAGCUCGGAUUUUGGGAGACGCGGUUGUUGAGGAACUCAAUGAGGUAGGGAGAGUGGGAAAGGGAAGAUCUCAAGCGUACAAAGAUCGCUCGCCAUGAUUUUUGUCAUCUUCACCACUCUAAUUUUUCAGAUUCGUGGAGUUGGUUGCUAUGUCAGAAGUGGGAGGCCAACUGUUUCUUGCUCAUGGGUUUUGGACAUAUUUUGCAUUUGGGAAAAUAUCCAAUACGUGUUUCUUUCAAAUUUGCAGGCUACGCCAGUCAACAUUAUUGUGGGUUCUCAUGUAUGGGUUGAAGACCCUGAGGAGGCAUGGGUUGAUGGAGAAGUAGUGAAGAUUGAUGGAGAACAGGUCCAUGUCAAUGCAACAAAUGGGAAGAAGGUUGUUGCAAAUAUCUCCAAAGUGUUCCCCAAGGAUACAGAAGCUCCAGCUGGGGGUGUGGAUGACAUGACAAAGCUGUCAUAUUUGCAUGAGCCUGGAGUUUUGAGUAACUUGGCUACCAGAUAUGAGCUCAAUGAAAUCUAUACUUACACGGGAAAUAUACUGAUUGCGAUAAAUCCUUUCCAAAGACUACCGCACCUGUAUGACACUCACAUGAUGGAACAAUAUAAAGGUGCGGGGUUCGGAGAGCUAAGCCCGCAUGUUUUUGCAGUUGCAGAUGUUGCAUAUAGGCAAGUGUCAUCGUUUCUACUUCAUGCUGCUGUUGCAUUCGUGGUUUUACUGAAUUCUGUUUUGCCACUCCACAGGGCCAUGAUUAAUGAAGGAAAGAGCAACUCGAUUCUAGUCAGUGGAGAAAGUGGUGCAGGGAAGACAGAGACAACAAAGAUGCUCAUGCGAUAUCUUGCAUACCUAGGUGGUCGGUCUGGCGUGGAAGGGAGAACUGUUGAACAACAAGUUCUAGAAUCCAAUCCAGUUCUUGAAGCUUUUGGCAAUGCAAAAACUGUUAGGAACAACAACUCAAGUCGUUUUGGUAAAUUCGUUGAGAUCCAAUUUGACAAGAAUGGGAGGAUAUCGGGAGCCGCUAUACGAACUUAUUUGCUGGAAAGAUCUCGUGUUUGCCAAAUUGCUUCUCCUGAAAGAAACUACCAUUGCUUUUACCUUCUUUGUGCUUCACCACCUGAGGAAAGGGAGAAGUUUAAGUUGGGAAGCCCCAGUUCUUACCAUUACUUGAAUCAAUCAGACUGCUAUGAACUGGCCGGUGUAAAUGAUACAGAGGAAUACCUUGCUACAAGAAGGGCAAUGGAUGUAGUUGGCUUAAGUGAGGAUGACCAGGAUUCUAUCUUCAAGGUUGUAGCUGCAGUUUUGCAUCUUGGGAAUGUUGAAUUCGCUAAGGGACCAGAGAUAGACUCUUCUGUUAUUAAGGAUGAAAAGUCAAGGUUCCAUCUCAAUACAGUGGCAGAACUACUCCAGUGCGAUGUCAAAAGCUUGGAAGAUGCAUUGGUAAAGCGUGUUAUGGUAACACCUGAAGAGAUUAUUAAGAGACCUCUUGAUCCUGCUGGUGCAUUAGGAAGUCGAGAUGCCUUGGCGAAAACCAUUUAUUCUCGCUUGUUUGAUUGGCUUGUUGAUAAAAUUAACAAUUCAAUUGGGCAAGAUCCAAACUCGAAAACCUUGAUUGGAGUUCUUGAUAUAUACGGUUUUGAAAGUUUCAAGUUCAAUAGUUUUGAGCAGUUUUGUAUCAACUUCACAAAUGAAAAGCUGCAACAACAUUUCAAUCAGCAUGUCUUUAAAAUGGAACAAGAAGAAUAUACAAAAGAAGAAAUCAAUUGGAGCUAUAUUGAGUUUGUUGACAAUCAAGAUGUCUUGGAUCUUAUCGAGAAGAAACCUGGAGGCAUCAUAGCACUUCUGGAUGAAGCCUGCAUGUUCCCAAAGUCUACACAUGAAACAUUUGCACAGAAGUUGUACCAGACAUUUAAAAACCACAAGCGCUUUAUCAAACCAAAGUUAUCUCGCACCAGUUUUACAAUAGCUCACUAUGCAGGAGAGGUAGCUUAUCUGGCUGAUCUUUUCCUGGACAAAAACAAAGAUUAUGUUGUUGCAGAACACCAGGAUCUCCUGACAGCAUCAACAUCCUCUUUUGUGGCCAGCCUCUUUCCAGCACUUCCACAGGAGACUUCAAAGCAAUCCAAAUUUUCUUCUAUUGGAUCUCGCUUUAAGCUUCAACUCCAAUCAUUGAUGGAAACGUUGAAUCAAACAGAGCCUCACUAUAUCAGAUGUGUUAAGCCAAACAAUGUACUGAAGCCUAUGAUUUUUGAGAACGUUAACAUUAUCCAGCAACUACGAUGUGGGGGUGUUUUGGAGGCAAUUAGAAUCAGCUGUGCUGGAUAUCCAACCAGAAGAACAUUCUAUGAGUUUCUUCUGCGUUUUGGAGUUCUUGCUCCAGAAGUUUUGGACGGGAACCACGAUGACAAGGUUGCUUGCCAAAUGAUUUUGGACAAGAUGGGAUUGAAAGGUUAUCAGAUAGGUAAGUCAAAGGUAUUUCUUAGAGCUGGUCAGAUGGCUGAACUAGAUGCAAGAAGGGCAGAGGUGCUUGGAAAUGCAGCUAGAAUCAUUCAAAUGCAAAUCCGCACAUAUAUUGCACAAAAGGAGUUUAUUGCCUUACGGCGAUCUGCUAUUCACUUGCAAUCUCAUUGCCGUGGUGUCUUGGCUCGCAAACAAUUUGAGCAGUUGAGAAGACAAGCAGCUGCUUUGAGAAUCCAAAAGAACUUCAAGGCAUACACAGCUAGGACAUCAUACAUGGCUCUCUAUUCAUCUGCGGUCACACUACAGACAGGCUUAAGGGCAAUGACAGCUCGCAAUGAAUUCCGUUUCAGAAAGCAAACGAAGGCUGCAAUAAUCAUACAGGCACAAUCACGGCGCUAUGCAGCAUUCUCUUAUUACAAACAGCUUCAAAAGGCUGCAUUAGUUUCUCAAUGUGGUUGGAGGAGAAGGGUUGCUCGGAAAGAGCUUAGACAACUCAAAAUGGCUGCAAGAGAAACAGGUGCACUACAAGAAGCGAAAGACAAAUUGGAAAAGCGUGUGGAAGAGCUCACAUGGCGUUUACAGUUGGAGAAGAAAAUGAGGACUGAUUUGGAAGAGGAGAAGGUUCAAGAAGCUGCCAAGCUGCAGGAGGCUUUACAUGCAAUGCAAAUACAAGUUGAAGAAGCAAAUGCCAGAGUCCUCAAAGAAAGAGAGGCAGCUAGGAAAGCUAUUGAAGAAGCUCCUCCAGUGAUUAAGGAGACUCCUAUUAUGGUUCAAGACACUGAAAAGAUUGAAUCACUGACAGCUGAGGUUGAGAGCUUGAAGGCUUCAUUGCAAUCAGAAAGAGAGGCUGCAGAAGAGACGAAAAAAGAUUACACGGAUUCUGAAGCCAGGAACUCUGAACUAGUCAAAAAGCUUGAAGACGCAGAACGGAAAGCUGAUCAGCUUCAGGAAUCAGUGCAGAGGCUGGAGGAGAAACUGUCCAAUGCAGAGUCAGAAAAUCAAGUUCUGCGUCAGCAAUCCCUCUCCAUGUCGCCAACAGGGAAAUCUUUGUCUGCACGGCCAAAAUCAGUCAUUCAUAGGACACCAAAGAAUGGCAAUGUAGCAAAUGGAGAAACGAAGGGAACACCGGAAACGCCUUCGUCUACACCAACUACACGGGAACCUGAAUCAGAAGAAAAACCACAGAAAUAUCUUAAUGAAAAGCAGCAGGAGAACCAAGACCUCCUGAUCAAGUGUAUAUCACAAAAUCUAGGAUUUUCCGGGGGAAAACCAGUUGCUGCAUGUGUCAUAUACAAAUGUCUUCUCCAUUGGAGAUCAUUUGAAGUUGAAAGAACCAAUGUAUUCGAUCGUAUCAUCCAAACAAUUGCUUCAGCAGUCGAGGUCCCGGAGAACAAUGAAGUUUUGGCAUAUUGGUUGUCUAAUGCAUCCACAUUGUUGUCUCUGCUGCAACACACGCUCAAAGCAACUGGAGCUGCGAGCUUGACGCCACAGCGACGUAGAUCAGCAUCAGCUUCUCUCUUUGGGAGGAUGUCUCAAGGGCUAAGGACGUCUCCUCAAAGUGCUGGCCUCUCGUUUCUUAAUAGUGGCCGAGGUAUUAGUAGAUUGGAUGACCUACGCCAGGUUGAGGCAAAGUAUCCUGCAUUGCUGUUUAAGCAGCAACUUACAGCAUUCCUUGAGAAAAUAUAUGGCAUGAUCAGAGACAACUUGAAGAAGGAGAUCUCUCCAUUGCUUGGGUUGUGCAUUCAGGCACCAAGACAUUCACGCACAAGUUUAGUGAAAGGACGCUCUCAGGCUAAUGCUAUUGCUCAGCAAGCACUGAUCGCUCAUUGGCAGAGCAUUGUCAAAAGCUUAAACAGUUAUUUGAUUAUGAUGAAAGCAAAUAAUGUUCCUCCUUUCCUAGUGCGGAAGGUUUACACACAGAUAUUUUCUUUCGUCAAUGUCCAGCUAUUUAACAGCCUUCUUUUGCGACGUGAGUGUUGCUCAUUCAGCAAUGGGGAGUAUGUAAAAGCAGGUUUGGCCGAAUUAGAACAUUGGUGCGAUGAGGCAAAUGAAGAAUAUGCUGGUUCUGCAUGGGAUGAACUAAAGCAUAUAAGACAAGCAGUUGGGUUCCUGGUCAUACAUCAAAAGCCGAAAAAGACAUUGAACGAAAUAACAAAAGAACUCUGUCCUGUUCUGAGUAUACAACAACUAUACAGAAUCAGUACCAUGUAUUGGGACGACAAGUAUGGCACGCAUAGCGUAUCUUCAGAGGUCAUAGCCAGCAUGAGAGUGAUGAUGACCGAGGACUCGAACAAUGCAGUCAGCAGUUCAUUCUUGUUAGAUGACGACUCCAGCAUUCCGUUCUCUGUGGAUGAGAUUUCCAAACCAAUACAACAAGCAGACAUUGCUCAUAUUGAGGCUCCACCAAUAAUUCGUGAGAACUCCGGGUUUGGGUUCCUACUGCACAGCUCUCAGUAGCAUAUGGCCAAGCCACAGACUCAAAAAGGCUCAUCUAGUGCAGGCCAUCAUGGGAUGCCCUGCCACGAACCAAUGAUGGCUAUUGAUUUAGACCAUGAUACGAUGCACGCCUUUUGAGCAUCCCCCGGUCGCUAGUAAGACAUGUGAAUAUAGAUACUAGCUUCUCUUGUUUCGCUUUGGGAUGGAGCAACAGCAGCAUCAGAAACGAACGAAUGUGCAUAGUAGUGGGUACCAUUGUUUCAUUAAUUAUUAUUUGGACGAUCAUCUCAGGCAAGAGUCGUCCAAAUGAUUCAUUCUUUUUGGCCUUUCCCUUGUUAAGUAAACAAGGAGAAGGGCUGUUUGCUGAGAAAAAGGCGGAUUAAUCACCCAUCAUCGUCAACAAUGAGUUGAGUUGAGAGUGGUUAUACGUCGCAGUGGGGCGUUCUGGGUGGCCUCAUCAUCAGUCUCCUCAUUCCAGGCAGCAAUGAGGAGGUGGUUUUGUAAUCAAAUUUUCAUGUUCUUGAUUAGCUUGGUUCAUUUUUUUUUUUUUUUCAUUAGAUGAUCAGAACUUCGUUUUGGGUUGUGGUUAGUGGGUUUGGGUUUGGGUUUGGUUGGGGUGUUGUAAUUUUGAGGUUGCAGCAGCAUUUUUAUAGGCCAUUUUUUUACACAGGUUUGUUCUACAUAUUAUUAUUUGUAUGUAAUGUCAGUUUAGUGUUUCUUUUCCUCUGCCAUUGUUUUAGUUGGCAGUGUCAUUGGUAUGAAAUUUGGGUUGCAAUUGUGCGGUCGUUUACUAUUGUAUUUGUAAGGUCAUUAACUAGGUCGUUUGCUAUUGUUGCCAGGCCUCGAGGCCUCCAUUAAAAUGCAAAUCUACCC